UCAGAUCAAACACCCUCUUUUACCACUUUAUUUGUUGACCAAAUACCUUCUUUUCAACUCACCACAUUCACUACCAAAAUGCAAACCAAGUCGAUCCUUGCUCUUGCUACCCUCGCUGCACAGGUGCACGCGUUCCCCUUCGAAGCCUUGUUGGCUCGCACUCUUCAUUCCCGCGCCGUCAUCAACCAUGACGCUGUCCAGCCUUUUGAAGAGACAGUUCAGACUGGUGCUAUCGGAGAUGCCAUCAAGAAGUUUGAGCCGUUCCUGCACAUCGCCCACGGCUGCCAGUCUUAUCCUGCCGUAGAUGCCGACGGAAACACUAGCGGCGGUCUUCAGGAUACCGGAAGCUCUACUGGCGGUUGCCGUGAUCAGGGCAGGGGACAGACCUAUGUCCGCGCCAAGGAGCGCAACGGACAAAUCGCCAUCAUGUACGCCUGGUACAUGCCCAAGGACAUGCCCAACAGCGGAGUCUCGACCGGUGCUCACCGCCACGACUGGGAGAAUGUCGUCGUCUUCGUCGACAGCGCCGGCGCCCAACUCGUCAGCGCUGCGGCCUCUGGUCACGGCAGCUACAAGAAGACCGACUCUCCUCAGCGUGAGGGCGAUCGACCCAAGGUCGAGUACUUUACCAACUUUCCUACCAACCACGAGCUUCAGUUCACCGACACCCUGGGCCGUGAUCUUGCCUUGGUCGACUGGGAUGCGAUCCCCCAGGCUUCUCGUGAUGCGCUGAACAGCGCCGACUUUGGCAAGGCGACUGUGCCCUUCAAGGACGAUACCUUUGAUGGUAACCUGGACAAGGCUUCCUCUUAA